AUGGCAGAACUCAACGGCAGACAGCUGGCCAUUCUAUUGCAGAAUUGGAACCAUUCAGUCAUCAAGCCUUUCCUUGCCACAGCCGCAGCGGGUCUAGCAGCCAUUACUGUCUACGAGAGAGGGAUUCCAAUCGACAUCGAUAUCAAGCGGCUCAACCAUUUCAUAGCACACCUCGCCGCGCCUGAGUUAGGGAGGGGUCUGUACACACCUGAUAAAUACAUGAGCCCUGGCCAUCCGACAACCCAGAUCUUUGGAAUCUUGGAGCCAGAACUAUCUUCUACCGCUAAGAUCACCGCCCGUACAAGCGUCCCAGAACUCUCAGAUAUUCUUAGUAGCAUGGAAACCGAUGGCGCAAACACACAUUUUCAGACCACGCCAGACAUCCCCACUAUCAUCCAUCAUAUUGGCAGUGACGGUACACACGCACACCAAGCGACGUCACAUCUCAUCACACCUACUCCGGUACUUUCAUCACAUAUUUCGGGAGCACCAUACACUACCACAACUCUUUUGAACGACACACAAGCGCAGAAUGCUAGCAUUGUUAGCAACGGUGGUGCUCUCGGCCUUGCUACAGCUGGCCUUGUGGCUACAGGGGCUAUCUUCUUACACAAGAAGUUUAGCAACUACAGAAAGGCUCAAGCGCAGAGGCUUACCGACGAGCAACUGAUAGCAUAUUUGAUGCUACGGCUCGACGAUUUUAAGGUCUCCAAAAUCACAGAUGGACAACUCAUAGCACAUUUGAAGCUACAGCUUGGUGAUGUCACGGCUUCCAAGUUCAGGAUUGAGACUGAGCUUAAGUUGGCGGAGAACGACCUGCGCAUGUCCAACGAAGAUAAGAACCGGCUCCGAGGGCAACUAUCUGAAUCCAGUACCCUUUCUGAUAAACUCAUCCAAGAUCUAGACAAAGCAGAGUUGGAGGGAAAUCAGAACACCAAGAUGAGUAAUGAGAUCAUCAAGCGUCUCGAAGAGUCUGUCGCCGUCUUAGAGAAGAACCGGAGCACAGAGAUGCAAGCAAAGAGCCAACUCCAAGAUGAGCUAUCUGAAGCACAGUCGACUGUCAGCAUUCUCCAAGAUGAGAAAGCUGCUCAUGACCUCGAAGUUCAGAAGCAGUUACGAGCGUUCCGGCUAGAUAUGGUCGAUCUUACCAAUAAGCUUCAGUCUGCAGAUGCCGAAAAGACCAAGCUUAUGGAUCAGCUAGCAGCCAGUGAGGCUGCCGCCGAAAUUCUGCGCCAAGAGGCGCGUGAAGCAAACAUCGCUCUCGAGACUGCUAAAGAAAGGAUCUCCCAGCUCGAGAAGGAGAAGACAGUCAGGGACUUGUGCAAGCAAAGCGUCUCUAAGACUUGUGGUGAGGUUGACGACGAUGAUGACCCCAACCAUGGCACCACUGGCUCGACCGAAGGCAGUCAGCAAGAUAGCUUACAGCAGGAGGCUUAUCCAGCUAGUACGCCAGAAUCGUCUUCACAAGCUAUCACUGUUGAGGGCGAUGAAGAGCUGUCACAAAUGUCGAUGACAUCUUCAGUUCCACUGUCUGGCGAACUGAACAUCCCCCGUCGAAAGAAGCGUGAGUUUUGGCACAGUCACUGGAGAGACAUCAACUCAAAGAAACCCUACUUUGAUGACGCAGUGUAUGAGCUGGAGCUUCCAUGUUUCGAUGCUAGGUUCAGCAGCAUUGGGAUAGUACGUCCGGCAGAGAACCACGAAGAUCGGACGUUGGAGAGCGGGAAAGUGGUCGAGCACACCAAGUGCAAUCUCUGUCUCCAGUGGUACACGAAGAAAGACAUGUACGAUCACUUGAAGACUUGCAAGGCUUUUUGGGAGCUUGCUGUACGUUGUGGUCAUUGCAAAAAGAUCUUCAAGUACAACACUGCUUUCUUCGACAAACAUGCUCCAAAUUGCGAGACGAGGUCAAUGGAGGAUGACUGCUCAGAUGAGCAUUUUACCCUUGCAAAGUCUGGAGCCGACGCGACCACGACACAGAACUCUCAGCAGGUCAGCCCGAGCUCCAGUGUGUCCAUUGUCCCUGGAAAGCAGAUCAACCCCGACGCGCCACCCUUCACGCCCGGAGGCUCACUACCAGGCCACGAAAAACCUAUCCCUACUGGUCCUCGCUAUACCGGGUCAAAUUUCCAGCAAGGUCGAGGUGCAUCAUUCACCGGCCCACAAUCUACACGCUCACCUCGAAACACGCCCUACAUGACGCUACGCGGCGUCUCGCCAGCUCAUGGAUCGGGGUUCGGAACACAUUACCCAACUGCCUGUCCUCCCAAUGGACCCCAGGCAUAUUCGGCGCCGCGCGACAAUUCGCAGGCGCACAGAUAUCCUGGACAGCAACAGCAAGGCUACCCACAGACUCCUCAUACUUUCUCUUCGUUCGGCCCAGGCUACAUCCCCCGAGGAUGA